ACGUAUGACGUUUAGCAACGGCCAGUUGCUAAAGGAAAAAACAGCCGCUUCCGUGUUGUUCUUGUGUUAUUGUGGCAAAUAACUCUCACUAGCCGAGUCGAAGCUAGCCCGACAGCCUCGCCGGGGGGGGGGGGAAACUAUCAUGAUUUAGUGACGCUCACGCGCAGAUUUUAGCUUUUUCCCGCCCGCCAUGUCGCUGCUACAGAGCUCGAGGAAGAAAGACAAGCGCAUUUUGUCCGGUACCUGCCCGGACCCGAAGUGCCAGGCGAGGCUGUUCUUCCCCGCGUACGGCUCCGUUAGCAUCGAGUGCACCGAGUGCGGUCAACGCCACGAGCAGAAGAACCUGUUAAAUGUCGAAGAAGUCACGGACCCGGAUGUUGUGCUCCACAAUCUGCUCAGAAACGCCCUGCUGGGUGUCACAGGGGCCCCGAAGAAAGGCACGGAGCUGGUGAAGGUGAUGGGGCUCUCCAACUACCACUGCAAGCUGCUGUCCCCGGUGCUCACCCGGUACGGCAUGGACAAGCAGACCGGCAAAGCCAAGCUGCUGAGGGACAUGAACCAGGGCGAGAUGUUCGACUGCUCCCUCCUGGGGGACAGGGCGUUCCUCAUCGAGCCGGACCACGUGUCCACCAUGGGCUACGGCAAGGACCGGUCCGGGAGCCUCAUAUACCUCCACGACACCCUGGAGGAGGUGAAGAAGGCCAACAGCAGCCGGGAGUGUCUCAUCCCCGUCCACGUGGACGGAGACGGCCACUGCCUGGUCCACGCCGUGUCCAGGGCGCUGGUGGGACGGGAGCUCUUCUGGCACGCCCUGAGAGAGAACCUGAAACAGAACUUCAAGCAGAACCUGGACUGCUACAAGGCUCUCUUCCAGGAUUUCAUCGACGCCGCCGAGUGGGAGGACAUCAUAAACGAGUGCGACCCGCUGUUCAUCCCGCCGGAAGGCGUGCCGCUCGGCCUACGCAACAUCCACAUAUUUGGUUUGGCCAACGUCCUGCACCGGCCCAUAAUCCUGCUGGACUCCCUGAGCGGGAUGAGGAGCUCCGGGGACUACUCGGCGACCUUCCUGCCCGGCCUGGUGGCGGAGGAGCAGUGCCGGGGGAAAGACGGCAAGCUCAACAAACCGAUCUGCAUCGCCUGGAGCAGCUCCGGCAGGAACCACUACAUCCCACUGGUGGGGAUCAAGAACACGGUGCUGCCCAAGCUGCCGGCCCGCCUGCUCCCCAAAGCCUGGGGGGUCCCCCAGGAGCUCAUCAGGAAGUACAUCAAGCUGGAGCCGGACGGCAGCUGCGUGAUCGGCGGUGAUCGCAGCCUCCAGGACAAGUACCUGAUGCGUCUGGUCAACGCCAUGGAGGAGGUCUUCAUGGAGAAGCACAGCAUCCACCCGGCGCUGGUGGCCGACGUGCACCAGUACGUGUACAGGCGGACCGGCAUGAUCGGGAUCCAGCCCGAGGAGGUGACCGAGGCCGCCAAGAAGUCCGUGGUGGAGAACCGGCUGCACCGCUGCCUGAUAUGCGGCGCCCUCUCGGAGCUGCACGUCCUGCCGGAGUGGCUGGUUCCCGGCGGGAAGCUCUACAAUUUGGCAAAGUCCACUCACGGCCAGCUGCGGCCGGACAAGAACUACAGCUUCCCCCUCAACAAUGUGGUCUGCUCCUACGACCCCCAGAGGGACGUCCUCGUCCCCGAUUAUAAGCUGAGCACGCUCAGCACCUGCAGCUGGUGUCACGGCACGUCGGUGCGGCACAUCCGCGGCAACGGGUCCGUCGUCUACCUGGACGGAGACAGGACCAACACCCGCUCCCACGGCGGGAAAUGCGGCUGCGGCUUCAAGCACUUCUGGGAGGAGAAGGAGUACGACAACCUCCCGGAGGCCUUCCCCAUCACGCUGGAGUGGGGGGGCCGUGUGGUGCGGGAGACGGUGUACUGGUUCCAGUACGAGACGGAGCCGCCGCUCAACAGCAACGUGUACGACGUGGCCAUGAAGCUCGUCACCAAGCACUUCCCGGGAGAGUUCGGCAGCGAGAUCCUGGUGCAGAAGGUCGUCAACACCAUCCUGCACCACACCGCCAAAAAGAACCCGGACGAGUACAACCCGGUGUCCAUCGACGGGGCCCACGUGCCGCGUCUCACCGACGCCGCGGAGACGCCGGCGUCGGACCCGCAGCCGCCCACCAAGAUCAUCCUGACGGGGCAGAAAGCCAAGACGCUCCACAAGGAGGAGCUGACGAUGAGCCGGGCGGAGCGCAGCAUCCAGCAGAGCAUCAGCGAGCAGGCGCUGGUCUCGCAGAGGAGACUCACGGACAAACUGAAGCAGGAGCAGAAGGGCCCCGGACGGGCGCCGUCCCCCGGUGGCUCCCCGGAGACGUCCUCCUCGGCGCCGGCCACGCCCACCAAAUCCUCCCCGGCGGCGACUCCGUCGUCGUCCAAUAAGGAGAAGAAGAUCCGCGUGACGACCAGCGACGGCAGGCAGGCGAUGCUGACCCUGCAGGCUCGCACCACCUUCUCGGAGCUGCAGCGCAGCAUCGCCAACCAGUUCGGCGUGCCGCCGGCGCAGCAGUUCAUCCGCUACGGUUUCCCGCCAAAAGAGCUGGCGCCCGCGCGGGCCGGCGAGGAGAACGAGCCGGUGGCGCUGCAGCACGGCGACCGGGUGACGGUGGAGAUCGUGAGGGGGGGCGGGGCCGGAGGCGAGGAGAAGAGCCCCGUGGCGUCCAUACCGCGGGCCUCCAGCUCCCACUCCGCCCUGCACCACGCGGUGAAGAGCGACGACGUCGCCGUGACGACCGGCAGGAUGAGCAGCCGCGAACUCCAGGACAGCAUCGACCUUGAGAUGUCCUCCCUCUGUCUCCUAGCAACGCUGAUGGGCGAGGACGUCUGGUCGUACGCGAGGAAGCUGCCGCACCUGUUCCAGCAGGGAGGCGUCUUCUACAACAUCGUCAAGAAGGACAUGGGUCUUAUGGACGGGAAGCACUGCACGCUGCCCCACCUGACCGGGAAAACCUUCGUCUACAACGCCGCCGAGGAGCGCCUGGAGCUGUGCGUGGACGCCGCGGGCCACUUCCCCGUGGGCCCCGAGGUGGAGGACCUGGUGAAGGAGGCGCUGCUGCAGCUGCGCUCCGACGCCGCCGGCCGCGGCAGCCGCGAGGGCAGCCCGUCCCACGGCGUCCUGCGGCUCGGCAGCGGCGGCGUCGUCCGCAAGAAGGAGCAGCUGCAGAGCGUCACGGCCUUCCAGGGCAAGGGCCACUCGCUGGGGGGCAGCGCCGGAGGCUCCUCCCCCCCGGAGCACCGGCCAAUCACGCGCCAGCACAGCAGCGGCGUGGACCUGAGCGCCAGCGUGUCCCGGGGCCCGCCGGAUCUGUCGGACAUCCCCGAGGACGCCACGCGGGAGCUGGUGCGCAUGGCCCCGGGCUUCGUCACCAUGAAGGACGGGCGCGGCCCCGACCCCGGGCUGAUGGAGCAGCAGCGGAGGAAGCUGCAGGAGAUGGUGUCCUCCAUCCAGGCGUCCAUGGAGCGCCACCUCCGGGAGCAGCAGGGUGGCGGCGGCGGCGGUGGCGGUGGCGGCGGCGCCGGGCAGGAGCGGACAGACGGGACUAAGACGGGCCAGCCGUCACCGAAGGUCGACCACGAGCCGGCAGCGGCCGAGAAACCGGACGGGAAGGCGGAGCAAGCGGAGGAGAUGGAGAGUCAGGACGCCGAGCAACACAACGCCAUGGAACCCAUGGACCACUCCUGAUCCCUCCGGCCCAGGGUUCGGA